GUGCAUAGUGCUCGUAUUACGUAGAGCGAUUACGCCUCAGACCAACGUCUCAGAUGAACGUUCAAGAUGGCUGUGGUCUGUGUGAGACUGUGGUUAAUGAUGACGACAUCCCUUUACAAGAGCCAUUUCGCCUAACAAUCGACAUCAAAGCCACCCUGGUCAACAUAUCACUCAAAAAGGAAGAUAAGAAAACCCGGAAGACUGCCAGGGAGGAUAAAAUCAAAGAGCUGACCAAAAAGGUUUCAGCCUUGCGGAACGCUGGAGGAGGGGCUUUGUUCGUUCAUCUGAAAGGUCUGUCACCCGAUGAUCGCUGUCUCGCGCUCUUUAACGAAUAUGUCGAUGACACGUUAACAAAACUGAUAGAAGACGGAGUUCUGUUUGUAGACACAUACAGGAAAAUCUGGUUGAGUGAACACACGAAGAGGAAAGGAUACCAAGAGUAUCUGCUGCUUAUUGUUAAGUCAUCCCUUUCUUUGACUACAGCAGAUUUCAAAACCAAGGUGACUUCCGACGAAAACUUAACUCGUCCAACAACCCUCAAUGUUCAAAAAUUGUUGUUCAACGAGCAACAACAAAAUGAAAAAGGUCCAAGAAUAAGAGGCCUAGACAAUUUCAUCCAGGAAGGCAGGGAUAUCGAAUUUAAAGCAUUUGACAAGACAUCAUUUGAUGGAAAAAUUACACAAUCAAAUGUUCAAAAAGUACUGAAAUACAUUUGGAAGGAUCUCAGACUGAGAGAAUACAUUUCCUGUUUCACAAAAAACCAAGAUGGUGGUUCCUAUUACCUAGGAAUAGGCGAAGAUUUAAAAAACAUUACUGGUUAUGAUUACAAGACAAAGUCCAAGAUCCUUUCUGGGAUUCGUGUUGAACCGAGUUUACACGAGACUGUAAAAAUUGGUUUGACAGAGUUGAUCAGGCAACACACAUUAGUUCAAAAAGGGAAUGCAGCCCAACCAUGUAGUGCAGACUCGCUGGUGAAAUUCAAGUUUCAUGAAGUGGGCAGAGGCCAAGUGUACAUCCUUGAAGUUGCAGUUGGGUACACGCCUGGAUGCGUCUUCUAUGAUACGCCAGAAGUAUACACCAUGGUUGAGGGGAGUAAUCAAAUGAAAGCGGUAGACUUCUCCGAGUGGCUUGAAAAAGUGAAGUCUUUCCAACCUUAUCGUCAGCCCAAAUGAGUUAUAUCAGACGACAAGAAGGAGUGAUUUGAUAAGUGGACACAUUUUUAUACCGGACAAUCUGACUGACUGAAGGGACCAAUAGCCCUUGAGGGUGUGUCCUGUCAUUUUCAACGUUAUCUUCAAGGAGAAAGUUACAAGUCAAAUAUUAUACCAGUAAUUGGUAUUCCGCCCUAUUAUGAUAGUGAAAAUGACUUGUUGCUUAUAAUCUCAAUCAUCACAGGAUAAACAAAAGUUUCGGACUGUAGGCAGCUGAAACAUUGCAUAUGUCCAACUGACAAUCAAGCUGUAAAGAUGGUUUGUGGUUGUAGGAGUACCGAAACAUUUCUCGUGGGACUAGCUGAGGUCAUUAUUACACUUACUUCAAAACUGUUUAAACAGAUGUGAUCCAGACGCGUGUCCCGUUGAAUGAUCCCUCGAAUCCUGUUUUCUACAUGUUCGUAAAACUUAAUGGUUAUAUCAUUCACAUUCAACUUUAUCUUGUUAUUAAUAUUGUACGUUAUCCAGGUGAAGGAAAGAGUGUGUACCAUGGCCGGUGUUGCCUAUAUGAAAGAAUCACGAAACACAGAAGGUGUAGUUUCAUGGCCAAGUAACUCCCCACUUCUUCCGAGGGUCCGACUGCAAGAGGAACUAUUUGAAGCAAUCCAGACGCAUGUCCUCACUUCUGGUAAACUGUCGGUAUAUCCACCAAGGACUGCUAACAUCAUGUACGACAGCAUAUACCAGAGAAUUCAGUCUCAUGGAAAACAUUUCGAAGGAGGAUUGUCCUUUGUGACAAGAUCACUAGCAGUGGUGUUGAAUCUUCCGAAGGUUGAUAUACCCGAUGGAGUGAUAUCGGAAGUGUUCUAUGUUCUUCCAGAUCGUCCAUCAAUGAUCCUCUGCUUUGUGUGUGAGAAAAGAGACGAUCUCGGGAAAUAUGUUCUCCGUCUUGCCCGGAGAGCAAUAAAUCAAAUCCGGAAGUAUACAGAUGAACAUUUCAGUGCAGUCUAUGGUCUCCUGGACCCUGGUGAUUUAGAAUCAGACAACCUAUUCGCCGAUGCCUUGAGGUCAAUUGAAGAGAAAACCUCUGCUUUAUGCAGCUUGCAUGCACUUAGCAUGAACAAUGUGAAAUGUAUGAACAUAAUACGUGCCUUUCUUGCUGCAGUAGCAGUUACUGAUCUCACAGAAGGACACAGCAUGAAACCGGAACUGCGCUUACUGUCCAAACAACAGUUCUGCAUGUUGGUGGAAAACAUUGAUAAGGACAUGGUAGUGAUUGACAAGGCCACAAGUACAGAAGCAGAUGGAUGUUCAGAGAUACUUAUGAUCGAAGUUGCAAGGAGGCUAGAGAAGAGGGGACCAACCAUCCUUCUUGUCCAGGAGGACCUCAAGAAAAAGCUGCAAGAACAACAUGCAGAUAUUGUGUCUCAUAUACUUGCUUCUGAAGAACUGGAAGACGUUUCUAGAUAUAACUGUCCUGAAAUACAACACAUCGUCGGAGCCAAUAUGAAAAUGAAUGACAUCAAGAAACUUCAACCAGACCAUGAAAGAAGUGGACAAACUGUCAUUUGGCUUUUCCACAAUUCUGAGGCUCAAGAAAACGCCACACACGAAGGACCGCAUUCCCUUGAGCGUGCAGAUGAAUUGAGAGACGACAACAGUGAACUCAGUUUCUCUGGAGAAACAUCUACUUAUGAAAGUGCUGAUGACAUGAGCCGUUCUAGAAAUGAGGAUGGGUACUGGUCGGAGGUGACUGAAUCUGAUGAUGACGACAUGGAGGCAAUACAAUCAAGUGAUGAUGCAAGGGAAGCAGGUGAAAUACAGCUGCAAGAUAAGUCAAGAGAUGACAGUCUACGUGACUGCGCUGAGCAAACCAUCAAGCAAUGUAUUUCAGGAACGGCAUCUUCACCGUUGCUGCCUCAUGUGACAAAAUGCCUUAAGGAACAUUCUUGUACAACGAUCAUUGGUCAGCCUGGUGAUGGCAAAACUACUCUUGCUUUCCAGGUUUUGUCUGAAAUGCACAGAAAGAAAUGGAAAGUUUAUGUUGUGGAAACACCACAGGAUUAUUUUCGGAUCCAAAAGAGUGACAGGUAUAUCAUUCUUUUCAGCAACAUUUUUGGCAAUCCCAACUUUCAGUUUGACCACUACCGAAAAUGGCAUCCUGUCCUGCUAGACGUAAGUCAGGAACAAGUAGCGUCGGCUUCAAGAUGUCAAGUGGUAUAUACAAUAUUCCUGUUCAGGAAAAAUGUGUUUCAAACAGCACUCAAAUAUAUCACUCCUUUCAAAAAUACAUUUUUUUCUGAACAUCAAAGAAUUGACUUUGAAAAGAUUUAUAAAGCAGAAGAGAAAAUAACACUGGAUACUGACAGGACAGCUGAUAAAACAUCAAAUGAUCAUGUCACUGAUUGUUCAAAGACAACAUCACCCCUGCUACACAAGUUGUGUAUGAUGAUAACACUAAGACAUGAAGUUUUUAACACUCAGGCCAUGGACAGGGAAAGUAGGUUUCGACAAAUCCUCAAGAACUUGAUGGUCAAUGAAGGGAUUCUGUCUUCUUUACAAAUCUGUAUCCAUCAGGACUGCAUCCCACAUCCAGCUGAACUCUCAAAUGUGGAACUAGGAAGACUGUGCACAGCGGCCGGGGCAUCUCCUUUGAGAAGUAAGCAGCUCUCUGAGGCACUUACACAGAUGGACAGCUACAUCCUUAAGAAGUCAGCUCAUGGAUUCGUGUUCUCACACGCAUGGACUUCAGAGGUAGUUGCGAAGGUUUUAGCUGAACUUGAUGAAACUACAUUUAUAGUUCAUUGCAGUCUCAAGUAUUUAGAGCACGUCCGCUUGGAGCCAAAUGAAGUUGCAGACUUUGAUUAUGCCAUUAUCGUCCACCAAAAGUCAGCAACGGUUCUUGCACAACGUCUGUGUGAAGAACUGUUGAAAGGUCAUCUUCAGUUUGUCAUGUCUCACAUGUCACUGACACACCCAGUCGUAUGCGACGCAAUUCAAACACUGCUUCAAAGAGAGAAUUUCAAAAUGAGAGAUGCACACUCAAAGAAACAAAUACUGUCCUUCAUUCCUAUUUGCAACAUACCCUCCUUAGAACUGAAAUUGUUGGAAGUAGCUUCAGGAGGUAUUUCCACAAUGCAAUGCCUUCGUAUGUGUAGCAGAUAUGGUAAUGUAAGACUCAUGAGACUGCUUAUCGAGAAGAUCGAGAAAAAUGCUCCCAUGCUGCAGCAAAAGAGAUACAACGUAGGAGAAUUAUUUAGAACCUGUGCUAAGUGGAAUCAUGCAGAAGGAUGUCAGGUUUUGUUGAAGUAUGUGGAUGUCAACUCCACCAGUAAACGGGGCAACACAGCCCUUCACUACGCAGCCAGCUCGGAUAACCUGGAACUGUUAUCUCUCCUCUUGAAUCAGGAUGAAAUUGAUGUUGAUGUUCUGAAUAAGAAAGGGGAGACCGCGUUGGCAAUGGCUUUGUAUUGUAAGCAUGAACAGGUGGCAGAAACUUUGAUAAAAGCUGGAGCCAAUACACUACUCAAAGAUAAGUAUGGUCGGACAAGCUUUCUGAUAGCAGCACUUGUUGGGUCUGUGUCUAUUCUAGAAUUGUCACUGAAAACAGAUCAUAGAUGCAUUAAUCACUGUGAUGCCUUUGGAAACACGGCCUUGCAUCUGGCAGCAAUAAAGGGCCAGACAGAGGUGAUCAAACUUCUCUUAAAAGAAGGUUUAGACAUUCAGAAAGGAAACAUGGACAGGAUGACGCCUCUCCAUAUUGCAGCUACAAAUGGACGAUACUCUGUUGUGGAUCCCCUUCUCAGCAUAGAAAGAAAUUCAGCUACUUCUAGACAAGACGGAAAGCGUUUUGUCCGAGGUGUGUCUGUGGAUCUUAAAGAUAUUCAUGGCAUGGCACCGAUUCACUACGCAGCCAUGUGGGGUUAUGAAUAUGUAUUAGGAAGACUUUUGCAAAACAAGAGCGAGGUUAACCUGAUGACCGAGAAAUCUGAAACUGCGCUGCACUUAGCAACUCAGGGCAGCCACAUUGAAACUGUACAAUCCCUUCUCAGAAACAAGGCUGAUCCGAACUUGUCUGAUGGGACGGGAAGAACUCCUCUUCACAUUGCUGCCGAGGAAGGACAUCUAAAAAUAGUAAAACUCUUUCUCAGGGAGAAGGUAGACACUCAGAAGGUAGAUGAAGACAACAAAACAGCUCGUGAGUUAGCUUUUGAAAAUAAACAUCGAAGCAUUGUGAAGGAGAUUUCCAAAGUUCGAAAGAAAAGAACUGAAGGAACAGAACUCUCUCAAUACAUGUUGGAGAGCAGGCAUGACCGGCACCCUUCGAGGGUUAAAGGGGAGAGUACAGUAAACUUGGUACCAUUUGUGAUCGCUAUCAUUAUUGUGGUUUUGAUGUUUGGUAUUCUACACUAUCAUAACGUAGAUCUCCGGUGA